CCACUUUUUUAUCAAUCUUUCUUUAUACACAUCCAAACAAAAACCAGGUAUACUCCACAAGACAAAACAAAAGACUCUCUCUUUGGCUCCCAAAGUUUCUGCCAAGCAGAACAGAUACACACAGCCCAGUUACAUAGUAUCACAGCACAAGCAUAUAUGAUAUAACAUGGACAACACUUCAUAUCAUUCUUGAAAAAUUCGCAGGCUUGUCGUGUCUUUAGGCUAUCUUAUCUAGUUGGGAAUUUUUUUCCAGUAGUUUGUAUAUGCAAAGUUUCUGUUGGUACAGAUAUACAUGGAAUCACAAGAUUCAGGGCAUACCGUGUCGUUGGUUGCAUCAGCUGAUACGAGAGGGAAGCAUCGGAUUAUAGCUGAAUUAAGGCGACUUGAGCAGGAAGCUCGAAUACUUGAGGAAGAGCUAGAUCAGAUUGAGAAAAUGGAAAAGGCCUCCCCUGCAUGCAAGGAACUGCUUGUAAAUGUUGAAUCAAGACCAGAUCCGCUGCUCGCAAUAACAAAUGGCCCUGCAGUUCAAACCUGGGAUAGAUGGUUUGAAAGGUCACAGGAUCCAUCCGGCUGCAAUUGCUGCUGCAUAUGGUGACACUCUUCGAUUUCAAGAGUUUCAUCAACAGGUCAAAAGGCCUUGCUAAUCAAUUCUGCAUGUGAUCAGUAUAGAGCAAUCUGUAAUAUUAUUACACACGACAUCAUAUAUCAUGCACAAUGUGCUUGUGCCAAAAGACAUUUUCUUUAAUAUGUGAAUAUCAAGUAUAUUUUUGCCA